AUGUGUGCUGCCGCCGUCCAGUGCGACCUCUGCCACAACAGAAAGGUUAGUCAUCGGCCCAUCCAUCAACUGCCACAGAAUGCUAAGGCAGGACAGGUGAAAUGUGACCGCUACGACCCGUGCAUGAACUGCGUUGAUGCGCGCACAGAAUGUCGUCGCACACGGCCCCGACGCAGUAUGCGUCCUAGGGUUUCCCGCAUUGCAAGGCUGUCGGAGAGGCUCUCGUCGGUUGAGCAGUUGGUUCUCAAUCCUCACCCCGGUGCUCCCGCUUCGCAGCCUGUCCUUGAUCCGCGAGAGGAAGCAGAGCACAUUGCUCGAAGCGGUCGAACCUCGCAAGCACCCAGCUCGGAGGGUUGGAGCGCGCGAGCCAGAGAGAGCGAGAGCACCGCUCACCCGGCAGCCACCGCAGAAGACACAUCGAUGCAGCCAGCGAACGAAGCCCGGCGCUUCAUUCAGCAAGAGCUGCAGCGCAGCGACCAUCUAUCUUCGCUCCAGCGCGCCGUGUUGGAAAAUGCACUGUCGCUGGUUAACAGGCUCUCAACCGCGACAUGUGAUUCGAAAGUCUCGUCUGCGGGACACGCGCAGGCCUUAGAGGAACAAGAUGAGACAACACAGGAAUUCUCAAUAGAGACAUACUACAUGAUGUCGAAGCAUAUGGUACAUCAGACUUCGCCGGGGAAGCACAUACACUGGCCCGACCACGUCUCGGUCAAGGGGCUGGAGCACAUGAGCCUGUCCCUGGUUGAGGGAAAGCUGGAUAGGCAGACCUCUUUGCACUACCGCGUGUGUGUAUACGUCAAAGCUAUCUUUUUCCUGGCGCGGAUCCGACAGCCACAACUGACGCCGCGGUUGCGCUCGCAUAUGAAAAUGAGCCAUGCAAAAUACAUGACGGCGGCAUCCAGGGCGCUGGAGCAGAUUAAUUUGACUGGGAAUCCCUCCAUUUCUCUCAUACAGGCUCUACUGUCCGGAAAAGAAUUCGGACAACAUCUGACCAAAGCAAAGGCACUCCUCCAUCAGAUGCAAGGAAAUAUCACGAAAGCGUGGACGAUGACAUCCUUCGCCGCGCGGCUGCUCGUUGCCCUGAACUACCACACCGUCAGCAGCGACACGCCGAUUCAGAGCCAGGAGGACGAAGACGCCCGCCGCUGUUUGUUUUCCUGCCACUACCUCGAUAAGUCGCUUAGCAUGCAUCUUCUGCGGCCACCGUCGCUUCCACGGUUGAGAUUCAGCCCCGCGUCGCUAAGAGCUACCAAUGGCCAGGCGGGGCUGGCGAUGAUUGCCAAAACAAUGUCUGAGUUUGCAGAAGUCCAGGAGGCUGCACUUGAGGUCUUUUUUGCCCAAUCAAUAGCAGACGAUGAUGGUGAGGAGAGGGCGGCCAGGCUGGACGCGGCAAUUCAGCAGUUGGUUGCGCUGAAGCGGGUGCUUGACGAGCGCCGUCUAAACGGCAGUCAGCAGGAAUUGGAGCUGGAAUGGGAUGUCACCGAGUUCCGGUACCACGCGAUUAUGACCACACUCCUGCAGUACCGCUCCGAGUGGGAGCAGGACAAGCCUGGGAAGAAGGAUAAGUGUUUGCAAUCUGCGCGACAGGCUCUGGAAGCGCUGCGCCAACUGCAGAAGACCAUCAACGCAAGCGACGUAUUCAACGGCAGCUAUCCGAUUUUUCUCUCCUGGACCAUCUUGUUUUACCCUAUGACCCCCUUUUACGUUAUCUUCUGCAACGUGGUGGGCACAUCCAACAUGGAAGACUACCAGCUGCUGCGCGACACCACACAGGGACUGCAGCAGUUCAUCGACUACAACCCGGCCAUAGCCCGGCUAUACCACCUCUUCACCACCUUCCUCAACUUGUGUAGUCCCCUGGUGAACCCCCCUGUAGUUCAAGAGGAUGCAACAAUGGUUUCUUCGCUGGAGCAGCCGAUUUCCAUGGAUGUGCGGCCCGAGAUGGGCCCGUGGUGGAACAGCGCAGACAUGUGGGAGUUGUUCAACACGCAGCCCUCGCUACAAUGGGUGGAUGCAGACAACCUCAUUCUCUAG